AUGAGUUCUCCCCGCACCACGUCCUUGCGCCGGCUCACGCAGCUCUCUUCGCAAGUCUCGGAAUCCUCACGAUCGAUCUCUUCUCCUUCGAACAGCAGCGGUCCUAUCAAUCAUGCCGUCUACUGUGCAGCGCACCCUCCGGCGCCGAUUCCGCUCCCUCUCGACCUCAAGACCCUGCGGGCGUCGCUGCUUGCCCGCCCCGAGGUUCUGACGCCAGACUACCUGAGCCCCAUGCCCUCGCAACUCCUCAACGCCUCGCUGUCAGACUUUUUGCCCGCCGCCGCGGUACCUACUUCUACCACCGCCCUGGCCGAAGCCUACCACCUGAUCCACUUCCCGCUGCAGCUCCAACCCUCGCUGCUCGUCGCCGACGGCACCGACCCGUACUGCCUACCCGGAGCCCCGUUCGAGCGGCGACUGUGGGCCGGCGGGCGCGUGUCGUUCCACAAGCCGCUGCCUACAACGGGCCAGGAGGCCGUGUGCCGCGAGAAUAUCUCCGGCGUUAGCGUACACGGCAAGCCCGGCCAAGAAAAGAUCUUUGUCGAUGUGGUGCGGCGCUACGGCGAGGGUGCCAUGUUUGCCGACGGCGACGAGGCCGUCACCGAGAGUCGGACCCUGGUCUUUAUGAAGGGCCGCACGCCCGAGGAGGCCAAGGCCGAGGUUGCCAAGGGGGCUCGGGUGGUAAAAGUUCCGUAUAAGCCGACUUACAAGCACACCCUGACACCGACCCCGACACUUCUCUUCAACUACAGCGCUCUGACUUACAACGCACAUCAAAUCCACCUUAAUCCGCAAUACUGCCGAGAGAUCGAGGGCCACCGAGACCUUUUGGUUCACGGCCCGCUGUCUCUGACGCUGAUGCUCGCGGUCCUGCGAUCGCAGCUCAAGGCCAAGGAGAGAAUACACAGCAUUGACUAUCGCAACAUUGCGCCGCUGUACGUUGGCGAGCCGCUGUCUAUUUGUGUGCGACCGCAGAAAGAUGUGGCUGCCGAAGAGCAAAAGUGGGAUGUAUGGAUUGAGAACAACGAGGGUGGGUUGAGCGUCAAGGGAACUGUCGUCGUUGGUCGGGAAUAA